AACACAUAUUUUUCUUAUCUCCCAACAUUAAUAAUGAGGCUAAUGUCACUUAUGCUUUUAAUGUUUUUAUUUGUCUUAGUUGUAACAUGCAACGCAACGAAAGACAUUUUCAUACUGGCUGGACAAAGCAACAUGGCUGGUCGAGGAGGUGUUUUUAAUGGAAAAUGGGUAGGUGUUGUUCCAAAAGAGUGUAUGCCAAGCCUAUCAGUUUUGAGAUUAAGUGCAAAACUGAAUUGGGAAGAAGCCCGUGAGCCUCUUCAUAGAGAUAUCGACAUGAAGCCUUGUGGUAUCGGGCCCGGGCUUGCAUUUGCAAACGAGAUAGUUAGAAUGAAAAGUGGUGGUGGUAGGUAUGUUGUGGGACUUGUUCCUUGUGCCGUUGGUGGGACGAGAAUCGAAGAAUGGAGAAAGGGUGCCCAUUUGUAUAAUGAAUUGGUGAAACGAACUAUUGAAUCUGUUAAGAAUGGCGGUGGUGUAAUAAGAGCACUUAUUUGGUAUCAAGGUGAAAGUGAUACCGUAAGAGAAGAAGAUGCUAAGGCUUAUAAGGGAAGAAUGGAGAGUUUUAUUCAGAAUAUUCGAUCAGAUCUUAAACUACCAAAUCUUCUUGUUAUUCAGGUAGCACUUGCAUCAGGGGAUGGCAAGUUUAUAAAUAUGGUGAGAAAUGCUCAAUUGAGUAUCAAACUUCCUAAUGUAAGGUGUGCUGAUGCUAAAGGACUGCUUCUCCAGAGAGAUAAUCUUCAUCUUACAUCAAUGUCUGAGGUUCAUUUGGGUAUCCAGUUAGCUCAUGUUUAUUUGGCUUCCCCCAAUCAUCACUUUAAUUAUACAAAAAACAGUUAGUUGAUUAUGCAUUUACUUUGUUAGGUAAGUUAUGACUUGUCUAACAUAAAAGUAAUUACAUAUUUUCCGAUCACAUAACUUGACUAUUAGAUUUAGA